UCGACUCGACGCUAGUCGCGCUAGCGUCAAGAAAAAAGAAGUUGGAUUUUCUCAACUUCAGCGUCAAGCCGUACUGUUGGCCAAUACGGCCAGUUGACUCUAUAAAUUUGAUACUGUUUUCAUGCGUUUUUCACAAUAUAGUGUCAAUUUUAAUGAUAUGACUAGUUUGACGCUAAAAAUGAGCGUCGAGCGUCAGCGUGAAAAGCAAGCGCUCAAUCAAACAAUCGCACAGAAUGCAGCGUUCUUUCGCCGAGCGGUAUUACGAAAUCAUGUGUUUUCUCUGUAUAAUCUAUGGUUAUCACUGGCUUUCGCGCAUCGCGAACGAUGAAAGUGAAGAUGAAACGAAGAAACUUGGUCAACCUUUUGAGCCGAGCCUCGCGACGGAUGUGACGUUCGGAAAAGCAGAGCUCUCAUUGGAUAUCGCUCAUCUCUUAUCGCCUAUUGUGUCCAGUGUGCGAGGACCUUUAAAGGGUCUCUAUUCUAGUAUAUUCAGUUCUUUUUGGUUCUGCACUUCUGUAGUUAGCUAUAAAGAACAGAUUCGUGAUCGCUUCUCGAAAAGUAUUUAUUUCGACUUUUUUCGUAAAACACGUGAAAAUAUAGAAAUACGUGAUUUAAUAAAAAUCAUAAUGAAGAGAUCAGUUGAUAGAAAUUAUCGAGGAAGAAGGCUAAUUGAUAAAAAAUUCCCUGGAAAGGCACCAAUUGAUAAACAAGUAUUAGCAAAAUACUCUAAAGGUCCUGGGCUUGAUUUAAAAAAAAAAACAAAUGCUAUUAAAAAUAAAGUUGUUAGGAAAAAACUACAGCGGAAAGAACAGAUUAUAGAGGAACAGGUAGAAGCUUCUGCUCGGGCGGAAUUAUUAUUGACAGAAGAGCAUGGCUACUUGGAAGCUGAAGAUGGAGAAACUACUACUGAAUAUCGACAAAAGCAAAUUACAGACAAUGUGGAUAUAACAAGUGCAGCCAAACGAUUCAAACUGGAUUUACAAUUUGGUCCAUAUUGUUUUAAAUAUACCAGAAAUGGUAGGCAUUUACUUUUGGGUGGAAAACAAGGUCAUGUGGCAGCUUUUGACUGGGUAACAAAAAAACUGGCUUGUGAAAUAAAUGUGAUGGAGUCUGUACAUGAUGUUACAUGGCUGCAUCUAGAAACUAUGUUUGCUGUAGCACAAAAGGAUUGGGUUUAUGUUUAUGAUAAUCAGGGAAUAGAGUUACAUUGUUUGAAAAGAAUGAAUGGUGUGACAAGAUUGGAAUUUUUGCCAUAUCAUUUCUUGCUUGCCAGUGGAUCAAAAGACGGUCAUAUGGCUUGGUUGGAUGUGUCUAUGGGCAAGCUUGUUGCUCGUUAUAAUUCACAUUUGGGCAGAAUAUCUGUGAUGACACAAAAUCCAAGUAAUGCAGUAUUAUGUGUGGGUGAUUCAAAAGGAAUAGUGUCUAUGUGGUCUCCAAACUCUACUAAACCAUUGGCAAAAAUGCUUUGCCACCAUCAGUCAAUCAUGACAUGUGCUAUUCAUCCAUAUGGGACUUAUAUGGCAACCAGUUGUGUAGAUAAAUCAGUAAAAAUAUGGGACAUUAGGCAAUUGACAGGACCAGUGAAUCAUAUGCAUCUUUGUUCUCCUGCUCAUCGUAUGUCCUAUAGUCAACGUGGCUUGCUUGCACUUGCUAUGGGCAAUAUAGUAGAAGUUUUUAGGGAUUCAUAUGGUGAAUUUAAACCAUAUUUACGACACAAGACUGCUCGCAAUGUAGGCUGUGUUAAAUUUUGCCCAUAUGAAGAUGUGUUGGGAAUUUCUACUGCAAAUGAAUUUUCGUCACUCCUUGUGCCAGGAAGUGCAGAAGCAAAUUAUGAUGCACACGAGAUUAAUCCAUUCCAAACUAAAAAUCAAAGACGAGAAGCGGAAGUAAAAGCACUUUUAGAAAAGAUACAACCAGAAUUAAUCACUCUCGACUCAACUGAAAUACUCGAAGUUGAUGUACCUACUUAUAAAGAGAAAGUGGAAUUAAAGAAAAAACUUUUGUAUGUUAAACCAAAACCAAUAAAUUUUGAAUCCCGACGAACGAAAGCUAAGGGGAAAGGUGGCACCGCGAAAAUAAUAAAAACUAAAAAAAUAUUGAAAGACUUAAGUCGUCGGGAAAUGAUUGAAACAUUUCGCGAAACAAUUGAGGAAGCGAUUCCGAAAAAAACUGAAAAUCGAAACAAAGAUUAUGGUGUAUUAAAUAGAUUUCUUCAAAAAAAAUAAAAUAAAUUCUGAUAGGAUUUAAUUUUAAUUAAAUAUAAUAUUAUAUUUAAAUGUAUAAAAUUCUUGUAUAUAUUUUUAAUAUUUUAUAAUAAUGCGGAAUAUUAUCAAAUAUUAAUAAUAAAUUUGAUAAUAAUCUGCCCAGUUAAAUCUUUAUAAUUAGCUACAGUUCUUAAAUUAUGAUAUAAUUCUGUAUUACAUGCGAAAAUUAAAGAUGUAUAAGAAUAUACAAUUUAUUUGUGCAUGUAAAUAUUCUGUGACACUUCAUGAGCAAUUGGUUUUU